GAAGACAAGUGCAACGAAAAGAUGGCCGGAAUUCCGUCGUUUAUCAUCCAGGAAGAGUUCGAUCGAUACUGCGGGUAUUGGUGGAGUCCAGUUAAUUAUCAUGGUUGCCUUUUCGUUCUGUAUGAAGAAACGGAUGUCACGUUCACGUCCAAGUUCAACUUCAGCGAGUCUGCUAACGGCUUCGAACUGUCUGACACCGUCACCUAUCCUUAUGCAGGUACAGACAAUCCAAAAUGGGAACUGAAACUAUUGAAAAUCGCAUUAAAAACCGGUAAUGACUCGAUAAAGUUUCUUUCCGUUUCUGGCCAUCAGCUGGACCAACCGUAUCGUUCUAUCUUUUCUUCCUCAGACUCGGAAUACUUAGCUCGCGCUGGCUGGCUGCCGUGCGGUUCAGCGUGA